UCUGCAACUAUUCAUAUUCGUGUCAGCACCGCAGUCUCUCAACGUGCGCGCGCACUUCAACACAUCCAAACCUCUCAAAUACAUGUAAUAAACAUCGGGCAGCGAUGAAUGAGGUCCCAGUGUCGUGCAUCCCGGCCGCGGGCAAGAUGUCAAAAACUAAGAAAAUCAUCGAUGAAGCCUGCGAUCUCCAGAAUCCAGAGCUAGACCUGGCGGAUAAAUCGGUGACGAGUUUCGAGGAGAUGCCAGGCCUGCUUAAUAUGCUAAAUGUAACAAGAAUCACAUUGAGUCAUAAUAAAAUUAAUGCUAUACCACCUGGCUUAGCUAAUCUUGUCAAUUUAGAAAUAUUAAAUUUAUUUGAUAAUCAAAUUACGGAUUUGCCUAUUUCUUUAUCACAAAUGCCAAAAUUAAGAAUCUUAAAUCUUGGAAUGAAUCGACUUAAUAUACUUCCACGAGGAUUUGGAGCAUUUCCAGCAUUAGAAGUUUUAGACCUGACCUAUAAUAAUCUUAAUGAAAAAAAUCUACCAGGAAAUUUCUUUAUGAUGGAAACUUUACGGGCACUUUACUUAGCUGACAACGAUUUUGAAUAUUUACCAUCUGAAAUAGGGCAGCUAAAAAACUUACAAAUACUUGUUUUAAGGGAGAAUGACUUAAUAGAAUUGCCAAAAGAAAUUGGAGAUCUUAAUCGACUCCGAGAGCUUCACAUUCAAGGAAAUCGAUUGACCGUACUUCCUCCUGAAAUUGGUAACUUGGAUUUAGUGAGUAAUAAGGCUGUCUUUCGAAUGGAGUUUAAUCCUUGGGUUACGCCAAUAGGAGACCAACUUCAAGUUGGUAUUUCACAUGUUAUUGAUUACAUACGUUCUGAAACAUACAAAUACGUUUACAACAGACAUCAAUCAGCAAAAGGUCCACCACCACCAAUAGAAGCUGAUAAAAGCAAGAAACUAUCGCGGCUUGUUUAGCGUGCAACGAUUUACUAAUAUUGCUAUAAUAAUAAAUAAUUAAUAACGUAAAUAUUAUUAAUAAUCAAAUUCCAGUUUGAUUAUAAAUUACUAAAAUAUCGUUGACUAAUGUUUCUACACUGCCAUACAUCGUAACAUUAAAAUUGGCGAUAUCGUAAAUGUGUUUCGAAAAAAAGAUUAUGCAUAUCUACGUAUGUACAGUUUUAUUAAUAUAUCUUUUU